AUGUCAGCUCUCAGGUCGUUACUACUAGUCCGGGCGGCAAGCGGACCGCUCAGGGCACUCCCGCUCAGAGCGGCGGGACGCCAACUGCGUGGCCCGGCUAUGGCGCCGCUCCGCUCAUAUGCAACAGAGAAGAACCCCCACAUGGGCAAGACAAGCAAGGGGAAAUCGAUAUUGGACGAGGACAUGCUAGCGAAGGCCGGUGUUGAGACAGAGGAGCCGCAAUCUACUUCCAAGUCCAAGGCGACUUUGAGCUCAAAAGAGAGGCAACAAGAAGAGUAUGAGGAGGAGGAAAAGAGAGACAAGGACGAAUUUGAGUCAACCAAGUCAAGGAGGAACAACACAAAGUCCACCAUUGACAAGAAGAAGGAGUUUUAUUCGAGGGUUUUUUGGUACUCCUUCCUUGCUGCUAAUUUGGGAUUCCUUGGCUACAUGGCGAGAGACUAUGACCCUAAUGAGGAGCCGGAACUUUACGUGGAGGAGGAAAAUGGGUACACUCCAGGGUUGAUCUUCAAGAGAUUGAGAAAGAGAUUGCUAGGUGUAUCUGAUGUCUUCUCCGAACCUGCCUUUACCGAUUUAUUACCUCCAAGAACUCCAGGUCAAUAUGCUCCUCCUUAUACCUUGGUUUUAGAGUUGGACGAUUUCUUGAUUCACUCUGAUUGGGAUUAUAAGAAGGGCUGGAAAACUGCAAAGAGACCUGGUCUUGACUACUUUUUAGGUUAUUUGUCCCAAUAUUAUGAGAUUGUUAUUUUCUCUCGUUCUUCUAUGGCAUUUGCAGAACCAGCUGUUCUUAAAUUGGAUCCUUAUCAUGCAUUUAUUUCUUACUCUUUAUUCAAAGAAGUAUGUCGGUCUAAGGAUGGUAAAUUAGUGAAAGACUUGAGCUUGUUAAAUAGAGAUUUGAGUAAAGUCAUAAUCAUUGAUCCAGAUGAGAAUUGUUACUCCAUGCAACCAGAAAAUGCAAUUCCUGUUGAUAAAUGGGAAGGUCAAAAGGAUGAUGGAUUAAUCAAAUUGGUGCCAUUUUUGGAAUAUUUGGCUACAUCUCGUACUCCGGAUGUUAGGCAAACAUUGAACUCGUUCCAGGAUAAAAAACAUAUUCCUGAAGAAUUUGCCGUUAGAGAACAUCAAAUGAGAGAGGAAUGGCAAAUCCAACAAGAAAAGAAGAAGGGUUCUGAUUGGUUGAUGAAGGCUUUGGGUAUUCCUCCAUCAAUGAGAGGCUCAAAGAAACACCCAUUGGACCAAAUCAGAGAAAAUGGCCAGAGAAAUUACCUUCACAUGCACAACUACUUGAAGGAACACGGUGAUAGAUUGUUGCAAGAGGAACAAGAGAAAACUAAAGAACUCAUGGCCGACCAAAAACUGACCUUGGGUAAGAUCGUCAAUGAAGGUAUGCCAACUGCAGAAGAUAUUGCAAAGGCUGCAGCCGAAAAGGAGGCCCAACAAUCCAAGUAA